UAAAACUUUAAUAAAGGUGGAGUUAAAUGCGGUGAAAGUUAUAAAAACGUUCGACCUAAAAACACCAUUAAAUUAAAUCGCUGUGUAUUCAAAAUUUUAAUUCCAGUCUAUUGAGUGAGUUUUAAGUGUAAACUAUGAUGAGUGUUUAAAAUUGAAAUAAAUAAUGGAUAUAACCGAAGACGUCGCUAAUAAUAAUUAUAAAUUUCCUUACGAAAUAACCAAAAUUGAUGAGGAUGUAAACAAAAAGUUGUUGGAGGAUUUUAAAGGGGAGCGAACAGCUUUUGUGCAAAUUGGGCCUAAAAAUUAUUUCUUUCCUGCGAAGUUUUUGGAGGAUGCCCCAAAAUAUUACAACUUUGAACCCAGAAAAGACGAUAUUUGGAUCGUUACAUUCCCAAGAUCUGGAACGACGUGGACACAAGAGAUGGUUUGGCUUUUAGCAAACAAUUUCGAUUAUAAAACAGCUAAAACAGUCUCAUUAAACGAAAGAUGCCCAUUUUUGGAGUUUGGUUCCUUCGUUCAUGAAGAAGUCAAAUUAGAAUUUUUACAAGAAAAUGAUCCAACGAAAAAAGAAAUCAUUGAAGAAGUAACUUUCCCCGAAUACUUAAAAUUACCUUUAAGAAAAUCACCGAGAAUAAUCAAAACCCAUCUCCCAUUCAGUCUCCUUCCACCAAAUUUACUCAAAAUCGGGUGCAAAGUGAUUUAUGUCGCCCGAAACCCAAAAGAUGUAAUAAAUUCGUUUUACCAUCUAAAUAAACUAUUCAGGACUCAAGGUUACGAAGGAAAUUUACGAGAUUAUUGCGAAUACUUUAUCAAAAAUUUACAACCUUGGACGCCUUAUUGGGAACAUCUAAAAGAAGGUUACGACAAUAAAGACGAAGAAUCGCUUCUUUUUAUGUUCUACGAAGAUUUGUUACGCGAUUGCAAACGGGGUAUUAAAAAGGUGGCCGAUUUUAUCGGUUGUAAAAUAACCGACGACGAAUUGGACGCUUUAAAAGAACAUUUGGAUAUAAAAAACUUUAAAAAUAACCCCGCCGUUAAUAACGCCGCUUUAAAAGAUAUCGGAAUUAUUCGAAAUUGUGGCGAGAAUGGAUUUAUAAGAAAUGGAAAGAGUGGAAGUUGGAAAAAUGAGAUGGAUCAAGAAACGAUUAAUAAAAUCGAUUUUUGGAUUAAUGAGAACCAAAGGAAGUUUAAUAUAAAAUUUCCUGAAUAAAAUUUUAAUUGUUUGAAAUUAAUUAA